GACCCGGAUGUUCACUCUUGGGCACCCGGGGAAGUGGAAGCGCAGGGCCCUGCUGCGGGGGGGAGAGCCACAGACGCCGGGACAGGGACCGUCGCCGCCGCCGCCACCAUGAGCGAUCAGCAGCUGGACUGCGCCUUGGACCUGAUGAGGCGCCUGCCUCCACAGCAGAUUGAGAAAAACCUCAGUGAUCUGAUCGACCUGGUCCCCAGUCUGUGUGAAGAUCUCCUGUCUUCUGUUGACCAGCCCCUGAAAAUUGCCAGAGACAAAGUGGUGGGCAAGGAUUACCUUUUGUGUGACUACAACAGAGACGGGGACUCCUACAGGUCACCGUGGAGUAACAAGUAUGACCCUCCUUUGGAAGAUGGGGCCAUGCCAUCUGCUCGGCUCAGAAAGCUGGAGGUAGAGGCCAACAAUGCCUUCGACCAAUACCGAGACCUGUAUUUUGAAGGCGGUGUCUCGUCAGUCUACCUCUGGGAUCUGGAUCACGGCUUUGCUGGGGUGAUCCUCAUAAAGAAAGCUGGGGAUGGAUCGAAGAAGAUCAAAGGUUGCUGGGAUUCCAUCCACGUGGUGGAGGUGCAGGAGAAGUCCAGUGGCCGUACCGCCCAUUACAAGCUGACUUCCACGGUGAUGCUGUGGCUGCAGACCAACAAGUCGGGCUCGGGCACCAUGAACCUGGGAGGCAGCCUAACCAGACAGAUGGAGAAAGACGAAACUGUGAGCGACUGUUCCCCACACAUAGCCAACAUCGGACGCCUGGUGGAGGACAUGGAAAACAAAAUCCGAAGCACGCUGAAUGAGAUCUACUUUGGAAAAACAAAGGACAUCGUCAACGGGCUGAGGUCUGUGCAGACGUUUGCAGACAAAUCAAAGCAAGAAGCGCUUAAGAACGACCUGGUGGAGGCCUUGAAGAGGAAGCAGCAGUGCUAAAGACCUCUGCUUCGCGCUGAGCGGACAUGCCGUGCACUCAUUAGGUUCCUUUCUUUAGAAAACUCGUUUUCUGCUCCUUUCCCCUCUUCCUCUCCCUCCCUGACAGGUCACAUAACAGUUUGCAUCGACCACAGCGCCAUCUCUCCCCCAAAAUAAAGUCCAAUAACCACCCCCCUCUGGCUCCAAGGCCUGCUUCCCACAACGUUUCCAUAGAGACCGUGUGGUUUUGUUCGCCUGUCCCCCUUCCUUCCCUUGCCCGUUUAUAGGCACAGAAACCCUGUCUGACACCGCUCCCUCCAUCUUUUUGUUACAUUGGUGUAAAAAAUGUAAAACAAAAAAAUUUUAUGAACUAACUGGUGUGUGAAAGAGAAGAAAAACUGGAGAUCUGA